AUGGUAAGCAAAGAGAACGAAAAUAUCACGCUCGACGGGCAACCGCGGCCGCCAGCAAAGCGCAAAUCAAGGUCUACUAGAGGUUUACUCAAUAAAGUCAAUGCACUGGAAGAACAGAUGGAACAAGUCAAGAAUAAUUUGGAGAAUGUAGUGUCUUUGCUGCUUCGCAUCGCUCCAGCCACCCUCUCAUCCGGAUCUCCACUAGCGGCCCAUUCUAUCCUCUCGACGAACGGAGGUAAAAAGGAUAAUGGCCAAGCUAUGACUCAAUCAGACUGCGGUCAUACCUCAAAUCAACCUCAAUCUGCACCAUCACUGGAACAAUGGGUAGAACAGAUUGCUAGUGGUUCUUCGUUAUCCAACAAGCCCGAUUCUCAGCGGCAUGAUGUGACCUUUCAGCUUGAAGCUCACGAAGUAGAGAACGAUGAGGAAGAUUCACUCACGGAAGAGGAGAAGGAUCAGCCUGAAGGAGAAACGGAGGGGAUGUCGAUUAUGCGCGAUAUUCUUCGUCGGGAAGAAAGGAAAAGACUUCGUGCGGAUGGACAUCUACCUUCCGUAUCCGUCUCUCCUAAACUUGGAUUCAAACCUAGUGAUCACAACCAAUUUGCCUCAUCAGAUAGUCCCCGAUUCGAUCACGAUAUCCCCAACAACUCGUUCGGUAUGAAGAAGAGGAAACGUGUAGAGUAUGAUCCGAAUCCGGAACAAAGAAGAUCAUCAGUAGCGCCGCUAGAUCCGAUAGAAUUGGGUCUGUGUAGUGAGAUCUACGGUAGGGAACUAUUCGCAUUAUUCUUCCAUGGAGCGCAUGCUUUUAUUCCGGUGUUUGAUCCAUCGAAAGAUACCUUGGAAAGCCUGCGCGACAGGUCUUCGUUCUCGAUAACAGCCAUCCUAUUCGUUGGGCAGAAGAUUAAAGAUGCAGGGCGCGAGGUCAGCAAUCUGCAGAAGUCUCUGAAGGACCAUGCGGAAUACAUAGGCAAGACGACCUUGUUUUCUCCAAUAGCUCAUAUAGAAGCCCUCCAAGCCAUGAUCGUCUUAGCAUCAUGGGGAGAUACAGGGUGGCGACCAGGUAGUCAUGCUAUCAGUAUGGCAACCGAUAUGGAAUUGUACAAGUGUCUUCCGAAACUUGCGGAGAAAGGAGCAAAUACAUCUGUACAGUCAGAUCCCAGACGUCUGGAAGAAGAGGCUUCGUGGACACAGGGAGCUAGGCUAUGGCUGAUAGUCUGCAAAUUGGCAAUCGAGAUGUCGUUGAACUAUGGUCGACCUCUCCUUCUCGAUGAGAACCUUAUCUUCCCUCAUAUGUUCUCCCUAUUGGAUCAUCCAGGAGGAUUGCAGACGGACAGUCGCAUAAUCGCAUCUUGCGAGUUACUUCAACUAAGACUUCCAGCAUAUAAAGCGACAUUGGCGAGAGAUAAUGAGACGCUAGAUCGAGCUUUGCAGAUCGUUAAUGACGGUGCAGGAGCCUGGGAACAGAAGUGGAAGACUUACUAUAUGCAGAAAGGGGUUUCUUCGGAAGAUAUUCUUGUUACAGAUCUGACUACCCAGCGAUGCUUCCUAUCUGUCUUGGCAAAUUCAUGGCUGUUGAGAUAUAUCGGCGGUCCACACCAUGUUAGCAUGUUACCACCUCAUCGAAGGCGUUGGAUACUUUCCAGUCUCGAUAAUGCUCGAUUCAUCACAGAGCGAAUCCUCAGUACAGAAAAGGAGAAGCUCAUUCACGCAAAUCACUUCUCACAUGUUGCAUUAGCAAGUGUCUGUAGGAUUUACAUCCGUUUGGCUAGUCUGUUUCCUGAAGCAGUGGAUUUGAGACGUGUAGCAAAGGAGCUUACACAGCUUGCUGAUGUUCUCGCGCAAUUCCCGGGUUUCUAUUUCGCUCAACAACUAAGAUAUGUUAUCAACAAAGCUCGACAACGGAAGAUCCUUCCUCCAGAGACAAGGCCUUCUUCACCACGCAGGGCCGCGAAUUCAACAACGAACUACCAGGAGACGGGUAACAUUGAUUCUGAUCACCCGACUCACACACACGGUCUUUCAUCUGAGUUAAGAUCGAUCCAGCACGCCAGCGAACUUGCAACGAAUGAAAGUCCUCUAGAGUUUGAUCCGCUUUUGGUGGAACAACUGCUGAAUGAGACUUUCCUCAAUCGACCACCCGAUGCUGCGAUAGGUAUGAGUGGACAACAUCCCGGAGAGGUAAAUUGGGCUCAAGUAUUUGAGAAUCCAAGCGUUUCUUGGUCUCAAAAUGAGCCAUUCGCUCCACUCGACCCGCAAAGUAGUUUCUUGUCAUGGCUAGAUUUUCCAGCGCUUGAUCCAGACCAAUAUGGUCAUCGACCCACUCAGUUCUGA